AUGGACAUGCAAAGAAUCCUCAUCGACUCUCUGCAGGGCACACCGGCCGACACGCCGGCGCGGCGCAACGAGCUCAAGCAGGGUCUGCAGGAUAUCCAGCGAAGGCUUAAUAUGGCUUUGCGAGCACAGGCAGUCAAUCGAGCAUCCACGGCCACGACGCCACGUUCAGGUCCGUCACGGACUUCCAGCUAUGGAAAUGCAACCGCAAGCGAUUCGUCCAGAAAGCGCACAUUCAGCAUGCACAAUGGUGAUGGUUCUAGCAGCCAACACGCAAGUGCCUCCAAAUCUCGUCGGACAACCCCAAGCCCGAAUGACUCGGACUUGGAAGAUGCCUCCGAAAUCAUUGAUCUUAGCGAGGUCACAGGGUCUGGCCGAGAUUUUCUCAAUCGGCAAAAGGCCGAAGCAGAACGGCUGCGACGUAGGCGAGAGCAGGAAGAGCGCGAUGCAGCCUUCGCCAGGAGCUUGCAAGCAGAUGUACCUGCAGAGGCGAGUAGCUCGCAACGCCCACGAAACAGCCAAGGCGAUGGCCCGAGUGCGUUCGAUCGCAUCAGGCAGCCGGUCUUCUCACAGUCCAGUCCGUCGAGCCAAGAAACCAGCGGACCUUCAUUCCCAUCGCCUGUGCGGGCGUUGCCAACUCAUCCCAGGACUAAUCCAUUACACCUGCCACCGAACCACACUCAUGCGCCGCCUUCUUCGCACCAGGUCAAGCCAUCCAGGAUGCCAGGAUCUUUCGAUAGCGAUGACGAGGGUUUCCUACCGUACAGCAGACCCCAGCCCAGCUCUCGGACCGUGGUUGAUCUCACAGAUUCGGACAAUGAGGCUGAUAUCUCUGGCGGCUAUCGUGCAGCAGCCGCAAGCGCCCGAGAAGCUGCUCUGCGGCGACAACAACAACCAAAUCCAGGGUUUUCACAUUACGCAGGCGUUAACUCAGGUUUUGGCAAUGCCACAUAUGGACCUUCGCCUUUCGCACCUGCUAUGACGGUAUACGGCUCUGGUCCGCAUCUUAACAAUGCCAGCAACACAAUAGCAUAUCCUAGCCCAUACGGUGCAUAUGGUGCACGGCCUGGCUCCCUUGUUGGUGGAUCAGCCAACCCACUUGACUUGUCUAGGCCAACCAUGCCGUAUUUGCCGUCAGCACUAGGAAGGCCACAGGAUUACUCUAGGGGAGGAAGCACGCUGGCCAACAUUAUCGAACGAACGGCAAAUAUUGAUUACAGCAGUGGACUGGACAUAUAUGGUAACCCACUCGAUGACCGGAUCCGAGAUUAUAUCCACGACGUAGUGGAUGACCCGCGCAAGAACGAAGAGGAGAUCCGGGAACUUCUCGCAAAUAUUCGACCAGACAUGGACAUCCCGCAAGAGGAUCGCGAGGACGACCCGGUCGGGCUUAGAUACCCGCUUUAUCCCCACCAGCGCAUUGCGUUGAAAUGGAUGGCGGGCCAGGAGGAAGACAGCAAGAAGGCCGGUGGAAUCUUGGCCGAUGACAUGGGAUUGGGCAAGACGAUUUCCACACUCGCGUUGAUCGUCAGUCGUCAGGCGCAGCCCGCACCUGGCCAGCGAACAAUCAAGGCCAAAACGAACCUCAUUGUUGGCCCCGUGGGGCUUAUUCGUCAAUGGGAGCGCGAAAUUGCCAAAAAGCUCAAAUCGACACACCGGCUCAGUGUCUUCCUCGCCCACGGUCGGAAAUGCGUUUAUGAUGACUUACGCACGUUCGACGUUGUCUUGACUAGCUACGGCACACUUGGCUCGGAGAUGUCGAAGCGAGACAAGUAUGUCAAAGAGCAGGCACGGACUGGUCGUAUGGUUGAUAAUGCCACCCUGAACAAAUUGUGCCCAAUGCUCGGACCCAACAGCACGUGGUAUCGUGUGAUACUGGACGAGGCGCAGUGCAUCAAAAACAGCAAGACCUGGGCUGCCAAGGCUGCUUGUGAGCUCAAAGCACAAUACCGCUGGUGUCUCUCAGGCACUCCCAUGAUGAACUCGGUAGACGAACUGUCUUCCCUGAUUCAAUUCCUGAGGAUCAAACCUUACGAUGAUCCCAAGAAGUUCCGCGUGGCAUUCGGCUCGUUGAGUGCGAAACGCAACAGCUCUGGCGCAAGUCGCAACUCGGCAAUGACGAGACUCCAAGCGACUCUGAAAGCCAUCAUGCUUCGCCGAACGAAGAAGUCGCAGUUGAAUGGCAAACCAAUCAUCCAGCUGACAGAGAAGCACGAAGAAACAGUCCACGUUGUGUUCAACGACGAUGAAGAAAAGUUCUACAGGGACCUCGAGCAGAACAGUCAGGUGCAAUUCUCCAAAUAUCUUAAAAACGGCACCGUCGGCAAGCACUAUACCAACAUUCUCGCACUCCUCACACGUCUGCGGCAAGCAUGUUGUCACCCCUUGCUACACAUGCUUGACUUCUCGCAAGGUGGAAACGCCGAGAUCUCGGAAGCUGAUAUGGAAAGACUUGCCGAGAGCUUAACACCGGACGUAAUCAAGCGCAUUCGGGAAACGGAAGAGUUCGAAUGUCCUAUCUGUAUGGAUGCGGUACAGAACCCAUCUAUCUUUGUGCCUUGUGGUCAUGAUACGUGCUCGGAAUGCCUGGUUUGCCUAGCCAACGGAUCGAAUGAACAGGGAAUUCAGGCAGGCAACGAGAACGCCAAAGCCACCUGCCCUGAAUGCCGAGGUCCGGUCGACUUCCAAAAAGUCAUCACACUCGACAUAUUCAAGCAGGUACACAUGCCAGAAACGGUCAAGCCUGAGCCGUCGACUGCUGGUGGUGGCAUUGACAAAGAUGUCGACGGUUCGGACGACGACUCGGGCUCAGAGACGAACACUGAUGAUGACAGUGAUGGAUCGAGCACAGCCUCUGAUGAUGACGAAACUGACGAGGACGCUGAUGAAGUGGAUGCUAAGGGAAAUCUCAGAGGCUUCAUUGUGUCCGACGAUGUUGAUGAGGAUUUCCUGGCUAAGAGCUCUGACACUGACGGCAGUGAGACCAAACCUGAUAUCGAAGCUGUAGCCGUCUCGGUCGCACGGAACGAGCGCAAGAAACGCAAGGCGAGCAAAGGAUCAAAGAAGAAGGCCCACCGAAAGCGCAAGCACAACAGCAAGGACAAGGGCAAAGGCAAGGAGAAGGAAGAUCCUGUCCAGCCACACAUGCUGCGAAGCCUGCGUAAAGAGGCCUCGAAGAACCGUGAAGCCCACCGUCGGUAUAUGCGAUAUCUCAAGGAGAUCUGGGAGCCGUCUGCCAAGGUGUCCAAAUGCAUAGAACUCAUUGCAGACAUCCAGAAGUCGGACGAGAAGACAAUCAUUUUCUCACAGUGGACGCUGCUCCUUGACCUUCUGGAGACGCCACUGAAGCACGAACUCGGCAUUGGCUACCGUCGGUACGACGGCAGCAUGUCGGCCAAGCAGCGCGACGCAGCAGCGGGCGAGUUCAUGGAGCGAUCGGAUGUCAAAGUCAUCCUGGUAUCGCUGAAGGCCGGAAAUGCAGGCCUAAACCUCACCGCGGCCUCGCAAGUCAUCAUUAUGGACCCCUUCUGGAACCCCUACAUUGAGAUGCAGGCAGUUGACAGAGCCCACCGCAUUGGCCAACAGCGAGAUGUCAAAGUACACCGCAUAUUGGUGCAGGAAACGAUUGAGGACCGCAUUGUAGACCUUCAAGCCAAGAAGCGGGAUCUGGUGGACUCUGCCCUGAGUGAGGAGGCCGCUAAGAACAUCGGCCGCCUGUCCACCAAGGAUCUCAGCUUCCUUUUCGGCAUCACCUCUCGAAACAAUUGA